AUGACCCCAAACCCACCAAGAAACAAGACCAUCAUCAUGUGGAAGCUGACGCGCGAUGAGACCAACUACGGGAUCCCGCAGCGGGCGCUGCGCGGCCACUCGCACUUCGUCAGCGACGUGGUCAUCUCCUCGGACGGGCAGUUUGCGCUCUCAGGCUCCUGGGACGGGACCCUGCGCCUCUGGGACCUCACCACGGGGACGACCACGAGGCGCUUCGUGGGUCACACCAAGGACGUUCUGAGCGUGGCCUUCUCCUCGGACAACCGGCAGAUCGUGUCCGGCUCGCGGGACAAGACCAUCAAGCUCUGGAACACCUUGGGGGUCUGCAAGUACACGGUGCAGGUGAGAUUCUCACCUGGAAUUUCUCCAUCCCAGGUGUGGAACUUGGCCAACUGCAAGCUGAAGACCAACCACAUCGGCCACACGGGCUACCUCAACACGGUCACCGUGUCCCCCGACGGCUCGCUCUGCGCCUCCGGCGGCAAGGACGGCCAGGCCAUGCUGUGGGACCUCAACGAGGGCAAGCACCUCUACACGUUGGACGGCGGCGACGUCAUCAACGCUCUCUGCUUCAGCCCCAACCGCUACUGGCUGUGCGCCGCCACCGGGCCCAGCAUCAAGAUCUGGGUGAGGAGAAGACAACCCCACCGGGGCAGUGGGACAACCCCCACGGGUGCUCUGACCUUUCACCCCCAGACCCUCUUCGCCGGCUACACCGACAACCUGGUGCGGGUGUGGCAGGUGACCAUCGGCACCCGCUGACCCAAAAUCCGCCUUUUUCACCCCAAAAAUCGAAAAGUCGCCGCCGGAGUCGCUUCCCGUCACCUCCGCAAAGAAAUAAAAGAAAAAGAAAAAUAAAAAUGAAA